AACCGAUUGUCCUGUGAUAUUUUAACCUGUAUUUUGUUAACCCCUGCUUUUAGAAUGCUAAUUUUAAUAUGCACUCGAUUGAGGAUAUUUGAUGUCAAACAAAUGUGUUCAAAUCGGCAGGAAGUAACCAUACGAGAGCAAACAUGACACGUUUCCUUACGUGGUUGCGUACACGGAAGCAGCUGUGUGAGAAUGAGCGAUUCAGAAACUGGACCUGACACCGGACUAAAACAACUGGAUUGUGUGAAACUGCCUUACCACCGACAAUAAUAGCUAGGGGGGAGGUGGAGGAUAGAGGGUGCCCGGAGAGAGAGGAACAAAAACGAACGCGACUAAGAAACGGGAAUAUGGUUGGGGAGGACGGGAAUAAGGGGCCGGGGAACCAACAAAAGGCCACCUCAAUGAACAGCCAGCAUGACAGCUCCGAGACUGACGACGAGAAUGUUAGCUCAGUGUCGCUGUACCGGCGAAGGCCCCGGAUAUUCCACUGCACGGUUCUACCUUUUUUAGCCGUGCUGUACCCUGGCUGGUUGUACGUGUGGCUCGGAGUGUACGGUACUUCCGAGUACCCAGAAGCAGGCCUACUUGCUCUCGCCGCCAUCGGGAUCGCGCAAGUCCUCACGGCGCUCUCCGGUUAUUGGUCAGUGCACGCGCACUGUUGGCUCACCUGCUCCAAGGAGCCAGACCCACACAAGGCCACCCUGGCUAAGGUUAUACCCACCCCCAACAAUGGUUCUGCUGAGCUGGUACAACUGCAGAGAGACAGGGAUGAGAACGGUGAGGGAAUCCUUUCCUUUGAGUUCCAGAAGAUCUGCUACAUCUUCGACAGCAAGGAGAGGAAGUGUUUCCUCCCCGUGUCGUUCCCCGUCAGACAGCCAAUGGGCUUCUUCCAGGCCUGGCGAGGCUACCAGGAGGAGACAGACCUGCAUUCCGCCGAGAAGCGCUAUGGGACCAACCGCGCUGAGAUGGUGGUGCCGGACUUCCUGGAACUCUUCAUGGAGAGAGCCACCGCUCCCUUCUUCGUCUUCCAGGUGUUCUGUGUUGGUCUGUGGUGUCUGGAUGAGUACUGGUACUACAGCGUGUUCACUCUCUUCAUGCUGGUAGCCUUCGAAGCCUCUCUGGUACAACAGCAAAUGAGGAACAUGUCUGAGAUACGACGCAUGGGGAACAAACCCUACAUGAUCCAGGUUUACCGCAACAGGAAGUGGAGGCCUGUGUCCAGUGAUGAACUAGUCCCCGGGGACAUCGUCUCAAUAGGCCGCUCUCCCCAGGAGAACUUAGUUCCAUGUGACGUGCUUCUGCUGAGAGGGCGCUGCAUCGUGGACGAGGCCAUGCUGACGGGAGAGUCAGUUCCUCAGAUGAAGGAGCCGGUGGAGGAUCUGGACCCAGAGAGGGUAUUGGAUCUCCAGGGUGAUGCCCGCCUCCACAUAAUCUCUGGUGGGACCAAGGUGGUACAGCACAGCCCCCCGCUCCGUGCCACUGUAGGACUCAAACCUGUGGACAAUGGCUGUGUGGCUUAUGUGUUGAGAACUGGAUUCUAUACCUCUCAGGGUAAACUGCUGAGGACCAUCUUGUUUGGAGUGAAGAGGGUGACAGCCAACAACUUGGAAACAUUCAUCUUCAUCCUCUUCCUCCUGGUGUUUGCCAUCGCUGCUGCUGGCUAUGUGUGGGUGGAAGGAACUAAGGACCCUAGCAGGAACCGCUAUAAGUUGUUCCUGGAGUGUUCUCUCAUCCUGACCUCCGUGGUUCCACCUGAGCUCCCUAUAGAAUUGUCUCUUGCAGUCAACACAUCCCUCAUCGCUCUGGCCAAGCUCUAUGUGUUCUGCACUGAGCCCUUCAGGAUCCCAUUUGCAGGCAAGGUGGAGGUGUGCUGCUUUGACAAGACGGGCACCUUGACCAGCGACCAUCUGGUUGUGCGGGGGGUCGCAGGACUCAGAGAAGGGAAAGAAGUGAUGCCUGUGUCAGAGAUCCCAGUGGAAACGCAUCGGGUGGUUGCUACUUGUCACUCACUGGUUACCCUUGACGACGGACAGCUGGUAGGCGACCCCCUGGAGAAGGCCAUGCUCACUGCAGCUGACUGGACCCUCACUAAAGAUGAAAAGGUGUUUGCUCGCGGUAUAAAGACCCCAGGCCUGAAGAUCCACCUGCGGUUCCACUUUGCCAGUGCUCUGAAGAGGAUGUCCGUCCUCGCCUCCUAUGAGAAGCUGGGCUCCACUGACCUCUGCUUUGUCUCCACUGUCAAAGGAGCUCCAGAGACACUCAGGGACAUGUUCUCAGAGUGCCCAGCCAGCUAUGAUCAGGUGCACAGGGAGAUGUCCCGAGAAGGGGCCAGGGUUCUGGCCUUGGGAUACAGAGAGAUCGGACACCUCAGCCACCAACAGGUGCGGGAGGUGACUCGUGAUGCUCUGGAGUGUGACCUGCAGUUUGCUGGCUUCAUGGUCGUCUCGUGUCCCCUGAAGACCGACAGCAAGGCUGUCAUUAAAGAGAUCCAGGAGGCAUCGCAUCAUGUGGUGAUGAUAACAGGCGACAACCCUCUAACAGCGUGCCAUGUGGCCAGAGAGCUCCACUUCAUCCAGAAGGAACACACACUCGUACUGCAGGCCAGACCCAACCAGGGUGAAUGGCAGUGGGAGUCUAUAGACGGCAGUGUGUGUGUUCCGCUUCUCCCGCCAUCUGUACCCUCGUUAGUUCAUCAGUAUGAUCUGUGUGUGACGGGGGAGGGGCUAACCAGACUGAUCAAUGACACCCGGUUACUCCACGCCCUCCUGCCACAUGUCCGGGUUUUCGCACGGGUCAGCCCUAAACAGAAGGAGUUUGUAAUCACUAGUCUUAAAGGAUUGGGCUAUACAACAUUAAUGUGCGGAGACGGGACCAAUGACGUCGGAGCACUCAAACACUCUCAUAUUGGUGUGGCUCUGUUGGCCAACGCUCCAGAGCGUAUGCCUGAGAGGAGGAAGAGGGGCAGAGAGGAGACCCCAGCAGCCGACUCCAGACCCUCCCUACCUCCGGUCACCAGCUCAGGGGUCAAACUGACCUCCAGGGCAGCCAGGCAAAGGGUUAUGGCCCAGAGAGAGGAGCAGCUAGCCGCACAGAAAAUGGAGAGGAUUAGUCAAGUCUUAAGGGAGCUGGAAGAAGAUCAGAUACAAAUAGUGAAACUGGGAGAUGCCUCCAUUGCUGCCCCCUUCACCUACAAAUUAUCCUCCAUACAGUGCAUCUCCCUCUUUAUCAUCUCCUCCUGCCUAGUCUGCCACGUGAUAAAGCAGGGCCGCUGUACGCUGGUGACCACACUACAGAUGUUUAAGAUCCUGGCGCUGAACGCCCUGGUGCUGGCCUACAGCCAGUCUGUCCUCUACCUGGAGGGGGUCAAGUUCAGUGACUUCCAGGCCACCCUACAGGGCCUGCUAUUGGCUGCCUGCUUUCUCUUCAUCUCCAGGUCAAAGCCCCUGAAGACUCUGUCUAAAGAGCUGCCCUUACCUAACAUCUUCAACCUGUACACUGUUCUGACAGUACUGCUGCAGUUUGCUGUUCACUUCUGUAGUCUGGUAUACCUGUACAAAGGAGCGCAGAGCAGAAGUCCUCCAAGGGCGGAGCGGUUUGCGGACCUGUACAAAGAGUUUGAGCCCAAUCUCAUCAACAGCACAGUGUACAUAAUGUCUAUGGCCAUGCAGAUGGCUACCUUUGCCAUUAACUACAAGGGUCAUCCUUUCAUGGAGUCUCUGAGUGAGAACAGGCCGCUGCUAUGGAGUAUCGCCCUUUCAGUUCUGGCAAUCGUGGGCCUUCUCUCAGGAUCCUCGCCUGAAUUCAACGAGCAGUUUGCUCUUGUAGAUAUACCAACAGAGUUCAAGCUAGUCAUUGCCCGCGUCCUGGUGGUUGACUUUGUUGCUGCCCUGCUGGUCGACCGCAUUCUGCAGUUCCUGCUGGGCAAAGGAACCCUGAGGCCGCCUUUCUGAAUCGCCAUGCCAACAGCUGCCUUGAGCAACCCUCUGCCCUCAGCAACCAAUCUGUAAAGGGAAAGGAUUGAGGAGACUUGUGGAGGGAGGAAAAGAUUAAAGGCUGAUGUGAUGCACAAGACAGCUGAGGAGAUGGACUAGGCAUGUCAGGCAGACGUGCAGUACUGUACCCCUACCACACCCCUAAAUGUUACCCCAUCUCUCUGCUUUGUCCCUCUGUUCCCCCUCUUCACUAAUGUAUUUAAAAUUAUAUUUCUUCUAUGCUAGAGACAAACUUGGGCUCAAAUGCUAUUUGCUUUCUUUCGAAUACUUUGAGCAUUUUGGUUGAUCCUGCCAGGAGCUCCAGAUAAGCAGGGUUUGCACUUUUGGGACUGUUGCGCCAGGUAAGCUGAAACAAGUGCAGCUAAAGUAUUUGAAAGAAAACAAAUACUAUUGGAUUCCCAGGUGUAGUUAGACUCCCCCUCUUGCCUUCCCGUUCCCCCUCGCCAUCCCUCCCUCUAUCACCGAAGGCCAAGAAGACAGCAGUAUUGUGUGGCAUUUGAGAUUGUGUGCCGGCCCAUGUGAAAUGCGCACACACACACACACAACAGGGCGUUCUCCAAGAGAAUUGCGAAGUGUUUGUUUUUUUACAUUUUGUUUUCUCUUCAUUUUGUAAAAAGAUAACUCUUACAGACUUAUAAAAUACCAAAAAAUACAAGUGGUGCUGUUUGUGUCAAGUGCUACUUUGUCAUGUUCCAUUUACCUAUGCAAUGCACUGCCUACUAUAAGGGAUUGAACAUAUAUUUUUUUAAUUGAUGAGUGAGCUGCAUACAUUUGAACUGGAAGUCAAGUUGAGAGGCCACAAGAAAAGCCUGAUUUAUGUUUGAGAGGACUUUUAAGUCCUGUGUGGCUCGCUUGGGAGAGCAUGGCACUUGCAAUGCCAGUGUUGUGGGUUCUAUUCCCAUGGGGGACCAGUAUGAAAAAUAUAUGCACUCACUACUGUAAGUCGUUCUGGAUAAGAGUGUCUGCUAAAUGACUAAAAUGUAAAAAUGUCUGGUGCACUCUUGCUUGCUACACUGGCAGUCUAUUGUGACAGAUUAAAAUCUAGUUGAUUUUCGUGAUGAGAUUACUACACUGACAACAGAGGUGGGAUGAUGUCAUGAUGACUGGUACAGGCCACCCAUAGACCAAAAAUAUAAACAUAAAGUGUUGGUUUCAUGAACUGAAAUAAAAGAUCCCAGAAAUGUU